CCACGCAGUCGUGCGUCGUGCGUCUAUUUAUACACCAAAACGCUAUUUGUGAGUAGGGUUUCAGCAACAGGCUCGGCAUUCCGCCUCGUAGCUCUAUAAAAGAAGCCCGGAAGACGGCUCGCUCCAAGGACUUUUUCAAAGCUGCCCAAUAUGCCAAUGCGCAACUGCUCAGCCAAGAGACCGGACCAGUGGGAUGAGAGAGGUGCGUGAAAACCACCGCAGCGCCUCACACAAACCAGCCUCCAGCCGCGAGACUGUCCCCACACGGACUUCCCCACACUCCCAUAAUAAUCAGGUGAGGCUUCUCUCUAUGACCGUCCUUCUGCCGAAUCGUGGACGCCGUCGGGGGGACUCCUCCGGUUACGGAAGGCAUUUGGAGCGUGUGGAAAGUACGCAGGACAAACACCGCAACUCCACGAUGACAGCGGGCUUCGGGACCGUGGAUGCGCGUAUCAAAAGUCGGGAUAUUUGAGCGGACGCGCCAUGGACGCGGCGGACAUCGUCGCCUCCGUGCUGAUCGUGGGGAUUAUCGUCGUGUCGCUGCUGUCCAACGUGGUGGUGCUGAUCUGCUUUCUGUACAACCCGGAGAUCCGCAAGCAGGUGCCCGGCCUCUUCAUCCUCAACCUGUCGCUGUGCAACCUGUUGCAGAGCGUGUCCAGCAUGCCAAUAACUCUAGUGGGGCUCAUCACCACGGGCCACCCCGGGGGAGACGGCUUCUGUCAAAUCGUGGGCUUCCUCGACACCUUUCUCACCACCAACUCCAUGCUCAGCAUGGCAGCGCUCAGCAUCGACCGAUGGGUGGCCGUGGUGUUCCCGCUGAGCUACCACUCCAGGAUGCGGCACCGGGACGCCGUGGUGGCGCUGGGAUACACGUGGAUCCACUCGCUGUGCUUCUCCACGGUGGCCACGUGCCGCUCGUGGGUCGGCUACCACCACCUGUACGCGUCGUGCACCCUGUGCAACGUGCGCGCGAAGGGUGCCGGCACGCAGUUCAUCGUCUUCACCGUGGCUCUGCACUCGCUCACCUUCCUCCUCACGCUCGUCGUGCUGUGCGUAACGUAUCUGAAAGUGCUGAAAGUGGCGCGGCUCCACUGCAAACGCAUCGACGUGAUCACCAUGCAGACGCUGGUGCUGCUUGUGGACAUCCAUCCCAGUGUGCGCCAGAAAUGCUUGGAUGAGCAGAAGCGGAGGAGGCAGCGAGCCACCAAGAAAAUCAGUACAUUCAUUGGCACAUUCGUGGUGUGCUUCACCCCCUAUGUCCUCACAAGGUGAGUGGAGAUUUAAAAUAUUACAUGUGAGCUUGUGUGUGGGAAUC